AUGUCGAGAACGCCGUUAUUCCUAAACUUCGGUGGAGAUUCGAAACGAAACCGUCAAAUGUCCUGGUUACUGGCGAGUUCUUCAAGAAGGAAGGAGCGAAGAUGGCCUUUGGUUUUGAGAUUUUGGAAGGGUUCCAUCCACUCCGAGGUCCUCUGGCCUGUUGCCAUUCUUUCUGCUAUAUCUGCUAUAGUCGUAUAUUUGAACCAGCACAUCAGCAGUGAUGUUACACUUCCAACCAGUAUCGUUCCCUCACUAUCCAUUGUUGUAGGUUUGGAGCUCGUUUUCCGUAACCAAACAGCCUACAAUCGAUUUUGGACGGGCCGAUGCCACUUCAGCACUCUCACAACUUCGAUUAGAUGUCUCACGCGACACUUACUUGUACUCGUUCCUGCCCCAGCUCCCCCCGACCAUCAAUACGAUUCGGGGACUCCACAGAAUGAGAGUAGUACGGAUAGCUCGGCAUAUAAGGAUUGUGAUGGUACAACAGAUGAAAAAUAUCAGCCGCUGUCCAAAGCACUUGAAGCCAAGACGAUUGAAACAGUCAAGAUUUUGAUGGCGAUGCUCUAUACGGUCAAGAACCAUCUGCGAGCCGAUUGGGGCGUGGAGCUUAGUGCGGGAACAAUAUUGACAGAAGAAGGCGAAUUUUCUUGGCCAGAGGAAUAUAAGAAGCUGUUGCCGCCAGGCUUUAAAGGUCACGAACAUAUGGGCUUAGGUCUGACGUUGCAGCUGGCUACUUAUAUCGAGAAAUUUAUCAACAUUGGUUGUAACUUGACCUGGUUUAACAACUCUUCUUCCUCCCAGAUGCUCUCCGAACUUAAUCAAUUCGUUGCAGCCUACGGUAACAUGGAAACAAUUCGACUCGCACCUACCCCUGUUGCACAUCUCAUCCACUCCAAGCAGACGCUCGCCCUCUUCUGUUGCAUUUUACCAUUUGCCAUGGCCGCUGAGAUUGGCUGGUGGACAGUCCCCCUCGUUGCAUUUGUAGCAUUUGCCCUCUAUGGUAUCGAAGGAAUUGCUCAAUGGCACGAAGAUCCUUUUGGAAGAGACAAAAUCGAUAUCAACAUGGACGACAUCGUGGAUGAUGCAAGAAGAGAGAUUGAGGUAAUGUUGGAGGCAUGGAAAAGUCAGGGAUUGAAUGGAAAGGGACUUUUUACACCAAGCUUAAGUGCACCUUAUACGCCCAGAGCGGAAUAUGGUACUUUGGGUUCAGAGAUACUCGUCUGA